AGCUGCAGCGGCUGCUGCUGGGGCUGUUGAAGGGGGGCAGCGGGGCCAAACUGGGGCCAUUCGCCGACGGCUGAGGUGGAGGAGGGCGAGGGAAAGGCUGCCGCGGGGCGAGGGAGCGAUGUAAGAGGCCAACGCCCAGUAGUUUUGGAUAAUGAAUAGCCAGAUGAUCCUGGGAAAUGACACUAGAUAGCUUCAACUCUUCCCAAAAGUACUGAACUAGAUUUGUAAUGAAAUGGAGUCUGGAACAAGCUCUUUUCGAGUGGAAUUUCCUGAUUUUUCCAGCACCAUUUUGCAGAAACUAAACCAGCAGAGACAACAAGGACAAUUAUGUGAUGUUUCCAUUGUAGUCCAAGGACACCUUUUCAGGGCUCACAAGGCUGUUCUUGCUGCCAGCUCACCUUACUUUUGUGACCAGGUGCUACUGAAAAACAGCAGAAGAAUAGUUUUGCCUGAUGUUAUGAACCCAAGAGUUUUUGAAAACAUCCUUCUCUCUACUUAUACAGGACGACUAGUAAUGCCUGCUUUAGAAAUUGUCAGUUAUCUGACAGCAGCCAGUUUCCUCCAGAUGUGGCAUGUGGUAGACAAAUGCACUGAGGUUUUAGAAGGAAAUCCUACAGUCCUUUGUCAAAAGUUAAAUCAUAGCAGUGACCAUCAAUCACCAAGUAGCAGUAGCUACAAUGGCCUAGUUGAAAACUUUGAGCUUGGUUCUAGUGGACACCCAGAUUUCCCUAAAACCCAAGAACUGAGAGAUGGAGAGAAUGAAGAAGAGAGUUCCAAAGAUGAAUUGUCAUCUCAGCUAACUGAACAUGAAUAUCUUCCUAGCAACUCCUCAACAGAACAUGAUAGACUAAGUACUGAAAUGACCAGUCAGGAUGGUGAAGAAGGAGCCAGUGAUAGUGCUGAAUAUCAUUAUACAAGGCCCAUGUAUAGCAAGCCCAGCAUCAUGUCUCACAAACGUUGGAUCCAUGUUAAGCCAGAAAGAUUUGAACAGGACUGUGAAGGUGUUGAUGUGCAUGCUGCUUAUGAUGAGCACCAGGUCACUGAAUCAAUCAAUACUAUUCAGACAGAUCACGCUAUACAAUCUUCAGGUGUGGAUGAGGACUUUCACAUUGGUGAAAAAAAAGUUGAAGCUGAGUUUGAUGAACAAGCUGAUGAAAGUAAUUACGAUGAGCAAGUUGAUUUCUAUGGCUCUUCUAUGGAAGAGUUUUCUGGAGAAAGAGCAGAUGGGAAUCUUAGUAGCCACAGACAGGAUACUAUUAUAGCAGCAGGCUAUAGUGAUAGCAUUGAAAUGGUGACAGGCAUUAAAGAAGAAGCUUCCCACUUGGGAUUUUCAGCUGCUGACAAGCUGUACCCUUGUCAGUGUGGGAAAAGCUUCACUCACAAGAGUCAGAGAGAUCGGCAUAUGAGCAUGCAUCUUGGUCUUCGGCCUUAUGGCUGUGGUGUCUGUGGUAAGAAAUUCAAAAUGAAACAUCACCUUGUUGGCCACAUGAAAAUUCACACAGGCAUAAAGCCUUAUGAGUGUAAUAUCUGUGGGAAACGAUUUAUGUGGCGGGACAGUUUUCAUCGGCAUGUGACUUCUUGUACCAAGUCAUAUGAAGCUGCAAAGGCUGAACAAAAUACUACUGAUGUUAAUUAAAAAUAGGACGUGAAUUUUUUUUAGUGGUGUGCACAAAAAUAAACUAUUAUAAUUAUGCAAAUUGUGUGCACAGAUGAUGUGUGGUACUUGCUAUUAUGAGACUAGCUUAAAAAUUGGAGGAUAUUUCUGAAAGACUGUAUGUAAGUAGGCCAAUUUUAAAAGUCUAAUUUCUCAAGUCAAUAUGCUUCAGUCCUGCCCUGAGUUCAGUCUCUGCUAACCCACCUCUCAGCUGAUUUUCAAAACUUCAGGCCAGUUGUGAUAUAGGUGGGCUGUUUUUAUUUUAUUUUUUUUGUUUGUUUUUAAUGUAGCCACCUACAUUUAGAACUGGACUGAAAAUGUAAGUUUUUGGUUUUGUUCUAUUUUUCCCAGAUAGUAAACAACCUUUGGUCACUCAGAACUUAGUCCUGUUGAAAUAUUUUUCCUUUUUUAUUUUGCCUUUAUUAAUAUCUGAAUUUGUUUAAGUUAAAUAGCUAUUUUACCAAACAAAUCCUGUUGUGUAAAAAGCUCAAAUGAUAUGGCUCCUAGAAGGAGAAAUUAAAUAGAAUUCUUUUGAUCUAAGUUUUAUCUUUUUAAAGGAUAUUUUCAUUAAAACCAUGAAGGAGGAUGCAAAGUAGGUAACAGUCUAACUUGGUUCAAUAGUAACAUGGUACAAGCUUCAUUUUUUUUUUUUGGUGAUAUACUACAGUAAUGUUUAUCAAGUACAUACAAGGUUUUAUAUUUUAGUAUACUGCAGUUUGAAAAAUUAUAUCUAAUUAUAAUUCACUAGCUGUAGAACUAGUUACCAGAAAUUAGUAUUUCUAAUUGGCUUAAUGUUCCUGUUCCUAUUCACGUGAGUGACUAGAAGCUACCACUCUAGUAGAAUCCCUAUGUUAACUUCUUCAUAUUGGUCCUGAUAGUAACCCUGAAUAUAAGUCCUAUAUGUUGCUGCUCAGAGUUGUGAGCCUAUUGCAAAAAGUUGAACUUUCUAAUAAAAAUCUGUCACUCAUUGGUAACUGGGACAAAAAAAAACAAAACAAAACAGAGAUAAAGCUUACAGAUAGAGGAAAGGAGCCCUUGUAUUUCAGGAGUUGGAUUUAGUAUAGCCCUGUAGUUAUGAAGCCACAAAUAACUAGAAGCAGAAUGCAGUGUGAGUGCAGUAGAGAAGAGCUGGUAACAAAUUGUUUGGGUGGCACAUUGGGAUCUCUGCUUCAAUGUCAUCCAACUUGAUUAUAGGUACCUGUCUAAAAGGGGGUGGUAGCUUUUGAAAAUAAGAUCCACAUGAGCCCAUGAUGUAAAUCUUUUUAGGGGCUGGAAAAUAUUUCAGAAUGGAAAAGAAGAAAAAAAUUCCAAUUUUAGCAGAGCAGUUUGGAGAGUCAAGCUCCUGAAUUAUACUGCAGCAUAAAUUAACAAGUCCACACAUCUGUACAUAUAGAAAACAAGAAAGUGACAAUUCUGAGAUUUUUUCCUCCCUUUCAGUCUGAUGUACUGGACUGAAGACUGCUUUUUAGAAAUGAAGUAAAUCAUAUUCUGAAAUACUUGUAAGCUCUGUGAUAUACCUAGAUUUAUCAUUGGGGUGGGACAGGGUGCUAUAAUUAUACUAACUUCUUUUGACAUACUGGUUGAUUGCUUCCAAAUUUUAAGUCUGAAUAUUAUCAUUUUGUAGGGAAAAUAGCUUUUCCUUGGACUCUAACUGAAAUUUGGUUUAAAAAAAAAUUGGCUUUGCACAAAUAUGGUUUUGCCAUUGCUGGCAAUGGACUUACUCAAACUGCUAACUCCUAGGAAUUCAAGUUCUUUAACACUGUAUAUGGACAAAGGAAAAGUAGCUCAUUCUUGUAAUCAACGUAAUUAACAGGGAUCUACUCACUAACACUGUAUCCUUCUCAAUAUAGAAAGCACUUUGUAUUUAAAUCUCUUUAUACAUAUAUUGUUUUUUAAUUUAGAAGCUAUAUAUUACCUCCUGAUUGAUUGCCACAUUAAUACUGUUUUCUUAAUAUUGAAAUGUCUGCCAGUUGCCAGUCUUUUCUUUGUUUACAUGACUGGAAUUGUGUAGAGGUGACUAUACAAUCCAAUUCAAUUUUUUCUUACUUUUUGAAGUGGUCCUAGUCCUUCUAUGUGAUGAGAAAUUGCUUUAUGACAUUAUUAAUGAUGUUGUGAAACAAUUUACUUUUGCCAAAUAACUUCACUCUCUGCUGAGGUGUUAACAAAGUAUAUUUCUUACCUAUGUGAAAGCUUUCCUUUAAAAAAAUUUGGUUGGAAAGUUUUUAAGAGUUUGAGCUAGAAAAUACAAAUAUAGGGAAUGUCUAUCUUUCAGCUGUUAAAUUCAAUGAAACAAAAUUGUCACAAGUAAUUUGAAGAUUAUUUUUUUUAGUUUAUUCCACUACUUUCUUAAUUAAUCUCUAAGCCCCCAGUCUGUGAUGGGCUCUCACAUCAGUUUUACAAGGAUUUUCUAUGUUAAGUACAGUUUUACCUUAUUCAAAUAGAUUGGUACAUUGGAAUCUUGAUGUGUAUGCCAACUGCUAACUUAUCAUUCUUUAUUUUUAUAAUCCAAGCUCAACUUGUCUGUUGUCUGAUGCUGUUUAUAUAAUAUAUUAAGGUUUCAUUUUAAAAAAUGGUAUGUUUAAGCAAAUUAACCCCAGAUACUCUUAGCAGGACCACUCUAAUGCUUACUACAUUCAGAUAGCACAAACUCUUCUCCCAGCAUGAAUUGAGCCAGUUAAGGAGGGUGGGGAAAGGCGACAGGCAGAGGCUUGGAGAAGAGGGCUUUUAAUAUAUCUGUUAAGAGAAAUUUUCCAACUCUAUCUUUUAAAGAUAAAAUGAUUUUAUCCCCUUUAGAAUCCUUUCUCAGUUAUCACCUUUGUAUUGGGGGUGAUUGCUCUCUUUCUGUUCUCUAGCCUCGGCACUAGUUUAGAAAUCUUUAUUUUAUUUUAUUUUCAAAAUUAUUGUGCAGAAGGGAAUGGGAGAGGUCACACUUACAAAGCCUUCUGUAGAUAAUGGCGGUGAUAUCAUCCCCUCCGGUAUCCAGUUUUUAUCCAAGUCUUAGCUUAAGCUUUAACUUCAUCCUGAUUUUAAAAAAGGCUCCACUUAAUGAGGACUGUGAAUGUUACAUGACAUUAUUAAUGCUAGCACUUAUAUCAUGCUUUUAAUUUUAGAAGCACUGACAGGACAUGAAAAUCAUCUACUUCAUAAGUUAGACAUCACCAUUUUAUAAAGAAGGGAACUGAGGCUAAGGUUAAGUGCCUUUUCCCAAGGCCACCCUGGGAUCAUAUGGGAUUAACCUCAGGAGUUCUUGGGUCCCAGCUCUUUGAUUCUGACUACUAGACCAGACCUUUCUCAGUUCCUUUCUUAUGGUCACCAGUUCAGACUGAACGGAAGAGAAUUUAUAACUAGUCCCCUUAUUCUCCCUCCCCCAAUUUAGGGGUGAUAACCAAGUUUUAAGGUUAUUAUUUUGAAGAGCUCAUUAGGAUACUCCUAAAAAUUUUAGGGUCUAGUUCCUCCUAUAUAUGGUGUGCAUUGCCAGGUACUUUGGAAGCAAAAUUGGAACAUGUGUACACAAGAACAACAGCGAUACCUUUUCUUCCCCCAGGGCAAGAGGUGCUACAGACUCCACAUAUCAAGAUUGAAUAGAAAGAGUUCAGAUACUGCCAAAUCAGGGUCUUAGUUUCAUAAGGUCCACAUUUUGAUGACUUGGGAGUAGCAAGGAAUGAGACUAAACACAUGCAGGAUCUCCUCCAAUAUAAUCUUAAGUGAAUUUUAUUUGAUUUGUGCCACUAAUAUUUAUUGAAGAUGCUUUUUUGAGUUACUAACUCAGAAGGUUCCAUCUUUCAACGAAACCAGAGUUUUUCUCUGAAAUGGCAAAGUAUUUGCUACUUAACUAUUUCAAUGAAUCUGUUUCUAAUUUAGAAUAACUAUACUGAACAGUGCCCUGAGGGAAAAUGCUGGAACACAUUUCUUAAAAUGUGAUUUUUUUUUCCUUGCUUGAAGCUUGUGUCAUAUGUCAGUUGUUGCUGCUUUGUUUCCUUUUUUUUAUGGGGUUUUCAAUAUUUCUUCCAGAAAUUUACUUUUAUUUAUGCAAGUCAGGUGAAUCUUCCUUGAACUACAAACAUAAUUUUAUUCUAAGGAAAUUGUCAUUUAAGGUUGCAUAUCUUAUUGAUAUUUUGUGAAAUGUUAUGCCUGUAUUGCAAAGGUUGAAUAGUUUUGUCUUUAUAUAAUAUUGCUGUCUUCACUGUACAGCAUGGUUUUACUUAAUUUAAUGUUACUGUUUAAUAUUUUCUUCUUAUAGAAGAGACCAUGCCCUUUUGUAUGACAUGUUUUAAUAAAUGUUAUCUGUCAACUUCGUAAAA